GCUUUUGAGAUAAUUUCUUAUAUUGAGCUCUUGAUCUUCCUGCCUCUACCUCCAAUAUUGGGAUUACAGCAUGCACCACUCCCUGUGCAGGGGUUGAAAAAUGACCAUAGUUGACAAAACUGAACCUUCAGACCCAUCAACCUGUCAGAACCAGCCUGGCAGUUCUGAGGCGGUCUCACCUGAAGACAUGGACACAGGCUCUGCCAGCUGGGGUGCCGUGUCUUCAAUCAGUGACGUUUCUAAUCAUACACUUUCAUUAGGGCCAGUGCCUGGUGCUGUAGUUUAUUCUAAUUCAUCUGUUCCUGAUAAAUCAAAACCAUCACCACCGAAGGACCAAGUCCUAGGUGAUGGCAUUGCUCCUCCUCAAAAGGUUCUAUUUCCAUCUGAGAAGAUUUGUCUUAAGUGGCAGCAGACUCAUCGAGUCGGCGCUGGCCUCCAGAAUUUGGGCAAUACCUGCUUUGCCAAUGCUGCACUGCAGUGUCUGACUUACACACCACCCCUUGCCAAUUACAUGCUAUCCCACGAACACUCCAAGACAUGCCACGCAGAAGGGUUUUGUAUGAUGUGCACAAUGCAAACGCAUAUUACCCAGGCACUCAGCAACCCUGGGGAUGUUAUCAAGCCGAUGUUUGUCAUCAAUGAGAUGCGGCGUAUAGCUAGACACUUUCGUUUUGGGAACCAAGAAGAUGCCCAUGAAUUUCUUCAGUAUACGGUCGAUGCCAUGCAGAAGGCAUGUUUAAAUGGCAGCAAUAAAUUAGACAGACACACCCAGGCUACCACCCUUGUAUGCCAGAUAUUUGGAGGAUACCUAAGAUCACGAGUCAAAUGUUUAAAUUGCAAAGGUGUCUCAGAUACUUUUGAUCCGUAUUUGGACAUAACAUUGGAGAUUAAGGCUGCUCAGAGUGUUACCAAGGCUUUAGAGCAGUUUGUGAAGCCAGAGCAACUGGAUGGAGAAAAUUCCUACAAAUGCAGCAAGUGCAAAAAAAUGGUUCCAGCCUCAAAGAGAUUCACCAUCCAUAGGUCCUCUAACGUCCUCACCAUUUCACUAAAGCGUUUUGCCAACUUUACCGGUGGAAAAAUUGCUAAGGAUGUGAAAUAUCCCGAGUACCUUGAUAUUCGGCCUUACAUGUCUCAGCCCAAUGGAGAACCAAUUAUUUAUGUUUUGUAUGCUGUGCUGGUGCACACUGGUUUUAACUGUCAUGCUGGCCACUACUUUUGUUACAUAAAGGCUAGCAAUGGCCUCUGGUAUCAGAUGAAUGACUCCAUCGUGUCCACCAGUGAUAUUAGAUCGGUGCUUAACCAGCAGGCUUACGUGCUCUUUUAUAUCAGGUCCCAUGAUGUGAAAAAUGGAGGGGAACCCACCCAUCCCACCCAUAGCCCUGGCCAGUCCUCUCCCCGCCCAGGACUCAGCCAGCGGGUCGUCAACAACAAGCAGGGGGCAUCAGGGUUUAUUGGACCCCAGCUGCCUUCCCACGUGAUGAAGAAUACACCGCACUUGAAUGGCACCACGCCAGUGAAAGACACACCAAGUAGUUCGGUGUCAAGCCCUAACGGAAACACCAGUGUCAGUAGGGCCAGUCCUACUAAUGCUUCAACUUCUGUGCAAAACUGGUCUGUUAACAGGCCCUCAGUGAUUCCAGAACACCCCAAGAAACAAAAAAUCACCAUCAGUAUUCACAACAAGUUGCCUGUUCGCCAAGGACAGGCACAGCUGAGUAACAGCCUCCAUGGCACUUCUCUGGAGGCCCCUAGCAAGGCGGCGCCCUCCUCCACCAUCACUAACCCUUCUGCAAUACAGUCUACCUCGAACGCACCCACGACAUCAGUUUCUAAUCAAGUAGCAAAGUCAGCUUCCCCCAGUGACUCCUGUUCUAAGCCCAUGGUGAACGGCAAGGCUAAGGUGAGCUCCAGUGUGCUGGUCCCCUAUGGGGCUGAAUCCUCAGAGGAGUCUGAUGAGGAGUCAAAGGGCAUGGCCAAGGAGAAUGGUGUGGACAUGCUAGCCAGCACACACUGUGCCAGGCCAGAAGCUGAAGAUGAGGGUGGUGAGGCUGCCCCACAUGAGCUUCAAGAAUCCAUCAUGCUAAAUGGUGCUAGUAGUGCAGACAGUGACUCGAGAGAUAAUAGCCUGGCAUGUGACAGUGCCAGCUGCCAGGUCCAGCCUGAUCUACACACAGAAAACCUCUUUUCCAAACUUAAUGGUCUUCCUGGAAAGGUGACGCCUGCUCCUUUACAGUCUGUUCCUGAAGACAGAGUCCUCGAGACCUUCAAACUUGGCAGCCAGGUGAAGGGCCCAGCGGGCGAAGAGAGCUGUAGUUGGACCACAACAGGGGAAAGCCCCCUGAAGGACCCUGUUUCACAGCUGGAGCCCAUCAUUGAUGAGACUGGUCCCCUUGAGACACCAGAGGCAGUCACCAAUGGAAGUAUGACGACCCCUAUGACCAUGUCACCCUUGGAGCCCACCAUCAACUGUACCAAAGAAGACUCCUCCAUCAUUGUUUCAGCUAACCCUGUGGAGGUUUUGCCCUCCAUCACUGCUCUUUGUAACAGCACCGGUACUACCUUGGGGGAUGCCCCACUGCCCGAAUUGUGUGACCCUGCAGACUUGACUGCCAACCCGAGCCAGCCAACCCAAGCAGUGAAAGGGGACACAGCUGAGAACUUGCAGGAUUCCACCUUAACCGAAGCAGGGGAGAGACUGAGCCCUGCUCCCUCAGUCCUCGCUGGCGAUGGAAGUGAGCAGAAACUCUUCCUUUACCUCAGCACAGAAGGGUCAGAGGAGACGGAAGAUUCUUCCAGAAGCUCGGGGAUCUCUGCUGGCACGAUGCCCCCUCAGACUGAUAGGACCACCACCAGCUCUUGUGAAGGGGCUGCCAAACAGGGUGCUGGGGACAGAGGUGAUGGAAGCAAGGUGGGGUCCAAAUCUCAGGAGCCUUCCCCAGCCAAGGAAAAGAUGGGCAGCCUCCGGAAAGUAGAUCGAGGACAUUAUCGAAGCCGGAGAGAGCGUUCUUCCAGUGGGGAGCACGUGAGGGACAGUAGGGCCCGGACGGAGGACUAUCACCAUAAGAAACGGCGCUGCUACAGCCGCGAGCGGCCCAAGCCGGACCGCCACCCUGCUAACACAUACUGCAAUGGGGACCAGCACCUGGCUCAUGGCGACAGGGCCAGCCCUGAGCACCGCUCCCUGAGCAGGUACAGCCACCAUCACUCACGGAUUAGGAAUGGCCAGGAGCAGGACUGGAGCCGGUACCACCAUUUGGAAAAUGAGCAUGCCUGGGUCAGGGAGAGAUUCUACCCAGACAAGAUGCGGUGGGACAAGUGCAGGUAUUACCAUGACAGGUACACCCCGUACACAGCCCGCGAGGCCCGCGAGUGGCGGCCUCUCCAUGGUCGUGAGCACGAACGCACUGCCCACCCUGGACGGCCACACAAGGACAGCUACUGGGGGCGCAAGGGCUGGGAGCUGCAAUCCCGGGGGAAGGAGCGGCCCCACUUCCACAGCCCACGAGAGGUCCCUGGCCUUGCCCUGUCCCUUGAAAGGCAUCCCCAAGAGAAGGAGUCCCUGGGUGUGCAGGGCAGCAGCUACAGCUUCCCUGAGCGCUUCCACGACCACGAAAGUGUCAAGUCGAGGAAACGGAGGUAUGAGACUCUAGAGGAGGAUGAGAGCCGCCCAGAAAAGAAAGUCCACAAAAGCCUGGAGAAGGACACUUUAGAAGAGCCCAGGGUGAAGAAGCACAAAAAAUCCAAGAAGAAGAAGAAGUCCAAAGACAAGCACCGGGAUCGAGAUAGCAGGCACCAGCAGGAAUCCGACUUCUCAGCAGCAUACUCUGAUGGUGACCUUCAUAGACACCGGAAGAAAAAGAAGAAAAAGAAAAGACAUUCGAGGAAGUCAGAGGACUUUAUGAAAGAUGUUGAGACUCAUUUACCGAAGCUCUCCAGCUACGAGGCUGUUGGCCAUUUCCGGAGAACGGAGGGUACGGCUGAUGGCCUGCCUGUGGAAGGCAAUGGCCCUUUCCGGGAGAAAACCAAGCAUUUGAGGAUGGAAAGCCGGCCUGACAGAUGCCAUCUAUCAGAGUAUGGCCACGGUGAUUAAAGCCUUGGCCUCAUAACAAAAAUACGAGUCAACAUUUCAACAGAAGCCAUCCCCAACCCAGCUUAAAUUAUAAACAUAGAAAAUAACUUUGUCCAAACUGCGUGGUGCUUCUUUAGUAAAUAAUGUACAGAUUUUACCAUGGACAACUUUUCUUUCCUUUUUUUUUUUUCCUUCAGUUUUUACCUUUUCUUAAUUGCCCUUAUUCCAAAUGGAUACUUUCUACACUGCUGAACGUUGUAAAUUACCGUGUACAUAAAGCCACACUGACAAUAAUGCCCUGGAAUAGACCAUCUCAAAUGCUGCUUAACCACAGACUCAGGUUGACUACUUGUAUCUCAUGUAAUGUUCCUCCACGCUAGACACCUGGUGCACGGCCAGCUGGGAACCAUGGACUUCAGAAGGACAAACGACAGUGCGUCUAUUUAAUUUAAAGACUUAUUUAAAGACCCAAGCUCUCACUAGACCUUCGAGGGCUUCCUCUGCAAUGUCUGACACUAGAAACUAAUUUGCUUCACAUUUUAGUUGUAUUCAAGAUUUGAAGAUGUAUUUUAUAGACAAGUUCUGUUUUUGAACUUUGUGGAACUAUUCCAAUCAAUUUACCAGUUAUGAUGAGUAUUUGCAUUAUGAAUGUAUAAUCCAGACAUUAUUUGUAAAGCCUACAGUAUGUUUUUUUUACCUAACACUUUUUAUACUGUGUCUUGUCUCAACAAUAUGAUAUUGGAGUCUGAGUCGUCAGCUUGAUCCCUUCAAGUUUCUAGUUACAGACAAAAAUCAUACUGUGAUUUUAUUUUUAAUAUGGAUAUGCUAUAAAACUGUGAUACACUUAUAAUUCACUGGUCCUGCAUCAGGAGAUGGGAGUGGGGAAGACUGUAUUUAAUACAGUGUGUAUCUGAAUAAUCUGUAUGGUUUAUACAGUUUGUGUUGUUCAGAGAUGUCUAAAGUUGAUCUUUGUUUUUUUAAGAUUAAAAAAGCACUUGCCCCACUGUAUAUACGGCAUGUAAGAUUUAUAUAGUAUAUAAAUGGCAGCAAAUUAAACAACUGUCUGAGUUUUACUCUGUCCUCUACAAGCUCAGCUCACAGCUUCAGCUGUUUUGAAGAAUUGAGUCUUAGGCAGUUUUGUUUUAGCAGUAUGUUUUUAUUUAGGGAACAAUGG